AUACCAAUAAUGAACAUUAAGCCUCGACUUUAUGGAGAUGCAAAUUUAAAAAAGAGACCAUCAUACUUUGAAUUUGAAAACAUAGAUAUUCAUUACGGGUAUUGUUGAAUAUUAUAGUUAGACAACUUGACAAUUAUGAAAUUGUAAGAAAAAUUGGUAGGGGAAAAUAUGCAGAAGUUUUUGAAGGAAUCAAUGUCAAUACACUUCAAAAGGUUGUUAUCAAAGCUUUAAAGCCAAGUAUAAAAUAUAGAUAUCUAAUAGUAAGACAGAAAAAGAUAAAGAGAGAAAUAAAAAUUUUAUAAAAUUUGAAUGGGUAAAACAAUGUGAUGAAAUUACUUGAUAUUGUAUAUGAUCCAGCUUCAAAGACUACAAGUUUGAUUUUGGAGUUCAUCAAUAACACAGAUUAUAGAGUAUUAUACCCUCAAUUGCAAGACUAAGAUGUUCGCUUUUACAUGUAUGAAAUUUUAAAAGUAUUUUUAAUAUAUAUAUGUAUAGUCUCUAGAUCAUUGUCAUAGUAUGGGCAUAAUACACAGGGAUAUCAAACCUCAUAAUAUAAUGAUUGAUCAUGAAAAGAAGUUAUUGAAAUUGAUUGAUUUUGGAUUGGCAGAGUUCUAUUUCCCCAAUAAAAAUUAUAAUUGUAGAGUGGCUUCUCGAUAUUUUAAAUCUCCUGAACUUCUUUUAGAUUAUUAAUAUUAUGAUUAUAGUUUAGAUAUCUGGAGUUUGGGAUGCUUAUUUGCAGGAAUAAUCUUUUAAUAAGAACCAUUCUUUCACGGAUAAGAUAAUAAUGAUUAAUUGGAUAAAAUAGCUAGAGUAUUGGGAACAGACGAUUUAAUGAAUUACCUUUAGAAGUACAACAUUUCAUUGGGUCCAAACUUCGAGAAUGUACUAGGAUAACACCAAAAAAAAUAAUUCAACAAAUUUGUGAAUGAAGACAAUGAGCAUCUAGCAAAGGCUGAUGCAAUUGAACUCUUAUAGAGCAUGCUUAUCUAUGAUCAUGUAAACAAUUAUGUAAUAAAUUUAGAAUUUAAGAAUUACAGCCAAAGAAGCAAUGUUGCAUCCUUAUUUCCAAUCAAUCAGAAAGAACUCUAAAAGGUAAUGAUAAUAGAG